GGGCUAGCGGAGCCCCCCGGGGGGACACCGGGGAUACGGAGGGGACAUCGGGGACACGGAGGGGACACCGGAGAUACGGAGGGGACACCGGGGAUACGGAGGGGACACCGGGGAUACGGAGGGGACAAUGGGUGUCCUCGUGGCCUCGCUGGCCUGGGCGGUUUUUGUCGCUGUCGCCGUCGGUGACCCCGCCCCCUCCCCUCUCCCCCCUCUCCUCUCCGAGGUCCUCACCUGCCAGCCCGACCCUCCCUCCGCCUCCCUCGCCAUCUCCCUGGACGGCCUCGGCCUCUUCUGGUUCGAUUUCCCCGGAUCCCGCUGGAAUUCCGGGAUUCCCUCGCUGCCUCCCUGGCCCCGGGAGCUGGAAACGCCCCAGGAAAUCCUCCCGGAAUUCCAACUCUGCCAGGAAAUCCUGGGAAUUCUCAGCCGGCAGCUGCGGGGGCGCCUGCCCGAGGCCAGGGGAAUCCCGAUGCUGUCGGUGUUCCCGGCGCUGCCUCCCGUGGCCGGAGAGCCCAACUCGCUGCUGUGUUUGGUUGAGAACAUUUUCCCUCCCUCGCUGGACAUCGGAUGGAGCUCGGCGGGGACCGGGGACAUUCCCGGGGACAUUCCCGGGGAGAUUCCCGGGGACAUUCCCGGGGAUGUUCCUGGGGUUUCUGGGGUCAAUCCCGGGGUCAAUUCCAGGGUCAAUCCCGGGAUUUUUGGGGUCAAUCCCGGGGUCACUCCCGGGGACAUUCCCGGGGUCACCACCGGACCCUUCAUUCCCGGUACCGAUCUCGGCUUCUCCCGCCUGGCCCGGGCUCCGCUGCUGCCGCGGCCCGGGGAGGUUCUGGCCUGCGUGGUCACCGAGCACGGGGGGAACGGAAGCGUCGUGGAGUAUUGGGUGGCUCCGGACACGUCCCUGGACGAGCAGCUGGGAAUGGCUCUGGCCGGAGCCGCUCUGGCCCUGGGCUUGGUCCUGGCCCUGCUUGGGCUCGGCCUGGCCCUGCUGGCCCCGAGGAGCCGGCCCGGACCCGGGAUAAUCCCGACCUGGGCUUGAGCCCGGUUCUGGUCCCGGUUCUGGUCCUGAGCCCGGUUCUGGUCCUGGCCCUGCUCGGGCUCAGCCUGGCCCUGCUGGCCCCGAGGAGCCGGGCUGGACCCGGGAUAAUCCCGACCUGGGCUUGAGCCCGGUUCUGGUCCCGGUUCCGGUCCCGGUUCUGAUCCUGAGCCCGGUUCUGGUCCCGGUUCUGGUCCUGAGCCCGGUUCUGGUCCCGGUUCUGAUCUUGAGCCCGGUUCCGGUCCCGGUUCUGGUCCCGGUUCUGGUCCUGA